CUAGUGGGCUCAAUGAGCAUGUGGGCCACACUUUCCUCCAAACCUUUCCACUCCCCCACUGCCCCCACGAUCACACUUUACUCAUCGUUAGGCAUCCACUCAUCACAGAAUCUCGGACCAGCGCAGGGAGAGUCAGACACCCGCCGUUCGAAAGCUCUCCUCCGCUCCGACGUCGUCUCGAGAUCGCAGCUCCGGACCGCCCCCGCCCUCCCUUACUCCGCCCCAGAGCCUCCUUCAAUGGCGACGGAGACUCAGAACCUUAACGCCAUUGAAGCAAACCCUAGGAAAACCCUAGACGCACCUGAACCCAACAGCGCCGACCCCUCUCUUGCCGGUCGCGUCCACCAGCCACCUCAGGCCGCCGCCGCUGCCCCUCGUGUUUCAUCUUCACUGAAACCUUCGUCGGCUGAAACUGCCGGUAUCGGCUGGUCUCCGAAGGAUGGAGAGGAAUCGAAGAGUGGGGAUUCUGCGAGCGCCGAAGCUCCGGUGAGUUCGCCCGCAGCGGGUAAUUCUAGCGCUCCUGUGUCCGAUAUGCAGAAAAAGAUUCGUAGAGCAGAGAGGUUUGGGAUGACUGUGCAGCUGUCAGAAGAAGAAAAGCGUUCCUCUCGAGCCGAAAGAUUUGGCACUGGUUCCACCGUGCAUGGAUCAGACGGGUUGAAGAAAUCAGAGGAGCAGAAGAGAAAGGCUAGAGCAGAGAGGUUUGGGCUUCCUGUACAGUCUACGCCUGCUGAUGAGGAGGCAAAGAAGAAAGCUCGGCUUGCCAGAUUUGCUCCAGCUUCAAAGACAGAUUCUAUGGAAGAAGAUAAACGGAAAGCGAGGGCAAUCAGAUUUUCAGACCCCCCAUCUAGUUCCCUUUCAGAAGUGAAUGGCAAGGGAAAUAUUGAAGCGGAGACUGCUAUUGUGGGCAAGGCCAGUGGAGGAGUUUGAACACCAACAGCUUUUCAUAACAGUCUAGCAUACUAACAUUUGUGAUCCCCCUCCAGUGGCUUCCAACAUGUCCCAAUGCAGCAGGCUUCUGUUUUUAGAUACCUUCCUCUGUGGCACUAACAAGAUUUUUGGCAGCAUGAUGAAUGUAUUCUCUUAUUUUAGAUUCGGUUAUAAUAUUUAAUUUACCUGGUGAGGCCUAGGGUAAUCAACAACAACCUCUCUCGUGUUAAUUUAACUGAAAACCUACUAGGAGUAUCAGAAAUUAUGAAAUUACAGUUGAGGAAAAUGUGUUGUGUUUUUAGGGUCAUUACCGUAGGAGGAAUUACUUCUCGUUUAUGAACUUACCGCCAAUUUAUUCUUCUAAUUGGCUGUUGGGCAGAUUUUUAAUGCAAUCUCAUACAAUUAUCUAGUGUGAAACAGCAGUAGAAAGGUGAAUAUGCAAGUUUGACAUCAUCUGAUCCAAGACUUGUUUUUGUCCAAAAUUUACUGUAUUGGUUUGUUUAAAAUGAGUCUGCAAAUCUGGAGUUGAUUGACUGGUGGGUGGGCCUGUAAGAAUGGACAUCAUUAAGGUGGGCUGGACUCUUUGUUUGGCCUUUCCAUUGGUAUAAUUCAUUUCAGGCUUGCAGUAUACUUAUUAAAGGUGCUGCACCGUUGUUAAUGGAUGGAUUACCAUUAGCCUUAGAAGUUAGGAACCUACCUAUUGAGCAGUUUUGUCUUGUUCUGAUUUUUGAUAUUAUUUGGGAGAUUUUAGGAGGGUUGGUCAUGAGAUUUCUUAGGCUUGCAUAUUUCAAGUGCAAGUUUUUGAUCAGGAAACAUAUUUGGUAUCAUCUGCAUGUCAUUCUGAAUUUAGUGGAGUUUGUAAUUUAAAGCUGGGCUCAUUAAAUUUUGUUCUAAAUAUGGCUUUCCAACAUGUUUUGCUGUGGUCAGUCGUGGAUCAGAUGGUGUUAACUUCAUGCAUGUUAAAUUUAGCUUUCUUCUCUGAAUGCCAAAUUACUUGUGAAAUGUUUUGUUGGUUGAAAAAUACUGAUGAGUUUUCCUCGCUACUGUUUCACCCUUAGUCAUGCCGAACAUCUCAGAGUAGAUCAUUGGGAGUUAAUGUUGUUAGUUUCUAAGAAGUUAAUGGAUAAGUAAUUACGAAGAUCAAUGGUUGGUAAGGUUCCUCCGAAACUUUGUUUUUUCCCAGCGUGUAAUUUGAGAAAGAAUUUCUGGCUUUUAAGUAGGUAAUUUGAGGUGGAUUAAUGCUUUGUAGGUGGUGGUUAGUUACUUGAAGCCUCACCAGGUGAAUUGCUGAAGUAUUGUAGGAUAUUGGAAAUGGAUGAUAUUCUUUGAUACAUGGACAUGUUUAGUUUUCUUGAAAAAGAUUUUUAUUUGGUGUA